AUGGAGUUCCCGGUUCUCUUCCUGGUGCUGUGUGUCAUGGCCUUCCUCACCGGGGUGCCAUUGAACUGCUAUGUCUUCUUCAUCGCUGGCUGCCGUGUGGAGAGGACGGCCAAUGCUGUGUGGUUCUGGAGCCGGGCCGUGGCUGAUUUCACCUUCAUCGUCUUCCUGCCCCUCAGAUUCACCUCCUUCUUCAUCCUGGACUUAAAUUGGGCCAGUAUGCUGAGCAGCACCAUCACCUCCUUCCACAUGUUCUUCAGCGCCUUCCUCCUCACGGCCCUCAGUGUUGAUCGCUGCAUCCUCGUGGCGCGCCCUGAGUGGUCUGGGAACCUCCGCACACCCCCACUGGCUUUCAGGAUGGUUAUAGGCAUGUGGGCCCUGUCUGUUGGGUUAAGCUUGCGGUACGGUGAUCUCUGGGAAUCCCUCCUUUCAACUGCCAGCACCAGCAUGUAUUUGCAACUGGAUGAAAGGAGGGUGAAGGCCGCUACUGCAAUCCAGUUCCUGGUCGGGUUUCUGAUCCCAUUAGCCAUGAUCCUGAGCCCAACCUUCUACAUCGUUCUAGCUGCCAAGCUGAGAAGGAACAGGCUGAUCCAAUCCACCAAAACACUCAAGAUCCUUCUUGGCUUGACCCCGACUUUUUUCCUCUGCUGGCUGCCGUAUCAUGUCUUCUCCUUCCUGCAGAUCUCAGCUACGUACCCUCAGACUCUUCUGAGCAUAGGAAGCGCUUUUGCUUGGGUCCUGACAUAUUUCAGCAGCUGCCUCAACCCCAUCUUCUACCUCACCAUGGAGGAAGAGUUUCAGCGGUACCGGCAACGUGCACGCAUCUCCCAAACCACUGACAAUUCAGGGUCAGAGCCGGCUGAAUAG